CUAAUAAUUAUUUUUUCAGAUAUCCGUCCUUUGAACUUUGUUAGGUUCCAUAAUUAUAAUAUCAUGGCAAGCGGUUUGCAUAUAGCUGUGUGUAUACUGUAUGUAAUCGCAUUCAUACUUGAAGUUGUAACCGUAUUUCUGCCAUACUGGAAACGAAACGACCUGGAAGACACUUUGAACGACUCUAUAGUUCGGCACGAGGGACUUUGGAUAAGAUGCCAAACUUUUGCAACAGGAAACUGGGAUUGCGAUGAUUUCAACAGAUUCUUCCUCGGUCUCCCAACCGAACUCCAAGCAGCGCGUGGAUUCAGCUUGUCUUCUCUUUUUAUAUCAUUUAUUGGAAUCUGCCUUGCAGUUGCGGCGACUGUAUUAAGCGUAAAGAGUUUGCAGAAUAAGUUGACCAUUGCAUCCGGUGGAGCUUCUAUGCUUGCUGGCUUGUUGAUCAUUGCUGCAGUUUCGUGGUAUGCCAACGACAUCAGGAUCCAACAUGAAUAUCUAACAAGGUUGAGAUUAACUGGAGGCAGCGGUACAAGAUACACGUUUGGAUAUGCUUUAUUCCUUGGUUGGGUCGGCGGUGCUUUACAAGUGGUCGGCUCAAUCAUGGCUUUGUGUAUCAGCUGCGGUAACUCGGAUGAAGAAGAUAUACCUCCUACAUAUCGAUACCAUCCAACCAAAUCUACAUUGGCACCGUCACAGGAGUAUGUGUGAUGUAACUAUGCUGUAGUAGUGACGUAAUGUCUACGUCAUAUACAGUAACUUGUUACGCAACGGACAUGUUUUGACAUAAGAUACCACUAGGCUAGAGACUUUUUGCAUUGAUAUUUUCAAAGUAAACAUAAAACUAGGAUAUUCUGGCAUACAUACUGCUUACUUAACUCCGUUUUAAUGACACUAUUGAACUGAGUAUACGAAACUUUUGUAUAUUUUGAUUUAACCAUCACAGCAACAAAAAUAACACGUGGAUAAUUUAAACUUUAUUCUUAGCCAAUCAAAUCACGCGCUUUAUGCUGUCAUAUUGAGCUUUUACGGAGAUCCAGAACUUAGGAUUUUUUUCGUCCCCUGUUUUCGUUUUCAGCAGACAUUGUUAAGAACAGCAAAAUGUAUUAUGUUAACACAACUUUAAAUAUUAAAUUUUAAAUUACGCAAAUUAUAAAAAGCUGUAAAUUGUUUAUGUCGCUUUAUACAUACUGUGCUUAUUAAAGUUCAUUAUUGAAUUACAACAUGGAGUCCUAG